AUGGCACACCUCAUUUUUCCCAUCGAAGGCUCCAUUAUCAAAGCAUCUUCUAUACGGCACAAGCCCACCGAGAUACCGCGGCAGCUGUUCUACAUCACCAGGGGAGCUACUGAUGCGAUCGAAGCACUGGAGCUGUUCCUCGAACUUUUGUUCGAGCCUUCGCACCAACCGCAGCAAGAUACCCAUGGGUCCAUAGGCUACCUUGCCUUUGAUGCCCAUGUUGGUGACACGGCUUGUCAACUCCGAGCCUGCAUGUUGUCGGACAUCAUGAAGCACUACAGAAGGCCAGGGUCAUGUGUACACGUCGUCGCUAUGCGAGCCACCAUAUCUGAGCUGAAGAAGCUCCUCGAAAAUACCACUCGUCUCCUGACAGGAUUGCUGGAUCUUGACUGGAACAAGAUAAGGUCUGGCGGUCUGGAAGCGUUGGGCGUGCCCAAGUCUGGAAUGACACUGAACGAGCUUUUGUUCAAGCUCGAAUGGAAAAUCGCUGAGGCGAAAACUCUCAAUUAUGAGAGCUCUCGCGGUUCAUCUCAGGAAUCGCUGGGGAGCAUGGCGUCGAGCCUGUCUGGUGCUGACUUUAACGAUGCACUGCCCUCAAACAGAUCGGAAUUUUCUGCAAUGUCACCCGAGGAGCACUGGAAGCCUUCAGAUUGGAGGCAGGUCGUGCAGUUCCUAGUGUACUCCUAUAUUCUGUCAAAGUACAAGCAGCUCAUCGCUUGUAACGGCGUUUAUCGGGCGACUCUAAACCCCGAUCGUGCCUUCACCAUGGGCCAGAUCUUACUUCAACGCGAGUUUGGUUCUCAGUUUGUGCGUCCUAACAAAAGAGCGAUAGAGGAAGAGUUCCUCGGUCUUCAACGGUUCGUCUCAGGCCUCAGCUGCGCGUGGCUGGAGUCAAGAGCGCGUACGUCGUGGAGCAUACAGCCUCGUUUUCACUCGCUCCUCAAGUCCACGAUCAGGACCAGCGCAAAAGGCAUCCACUCUGUGUCGAGCUACGUGGGAUUCCUUAUGCUGCGCAGCUUGUGGGCUGAGACAUCCGCUCCCAUCAUCAUCAUGACAACGAGGUUCUGUCCUUCUGGAUUUCAUGUCAACUAUUUUACAGCGACGUUUCACACAAUCGCACCCACCAACGAGACCGAGUCCAGACACACAGUGCUUCCAAAUAUCUCGUGGGAACUUACUCGAUUGAAUGGUAGAGAAUUCUCUCAUCUCGGACAAUGCUUGGAACCGCACUUCAUGAUCAGCGCAAACAGCAUUGACGGAAACACAUCUGACUACCUGGCCAGGCUUCCCUCAGCACAUCGACAUUCCGAAAACAACUGCGAUGACAAUGAGAGACACUGCAGCGACAUGCUGGAAAGCGACCAGGACCGAGUUGUCCAAGCAAUCUUUGCAGAGCAUCGUCAUUACGCAUUUGAGCUCUCCGGAGAAGAGGGUAACCUGGGCGAAGGUCAAGUAGUGUCUCAUCUCAUGGACGCAAAAGUGACAGGAUUAUCCGCAGCAUGGGAGAAGUCGAGAAAAGACUCGGUAGCGCUGGGCACAGGGUCGUCUCUGAAGCUCUGCAUGUGGCAGCACGUUGCGCUGGAAUCACCCGCGCGCUUUCUGGCACGGGUAGAGGGGUGCGAUCGACCGUGGGUGAUCAGCGAUCCGAUUGCGAAAUCUUGA